GACCAAGCGGGCACUGGAGCAGCACGGGCUACGGUUUCUUCCGGCUAACACACACCGACACAUGUCCUCUCCACAAACACAGAACACGCCAACAACAGGCUCUGGGAUGCCGUCAUCGCUGCAGGAGGCGGGGAUCUCCAGAGCCGAUAACGGGAACUACAUCUUGCCACCGAUCCUGGUGCAGUAUCGGGGCGGGAGUACACAGAUGCUGAUAAUCGAGGUGGGUCAGCCGAUCCCACCGGCAGGCUCUAUCACGGGUGCGUCUUUGAUGACGGUAGCCCAGAUGCUGCGAAGUAACACGAACAUGAAUCCCUCCAACAACGCCGACAACAAUAACAGCAUUAGUAAUAGCGCCAAUAGGGGCAACAACGGCAGAAGUGCCGAUGCAGGCGGAAGCCGCAUUGCCAGCGGCAACACGCAGCCAGGACCUGUGUCCCGGCUACCAACUCCCACGCCUGCCGCAGAUACAACCUCGCUGGCCAACCUGCCCAGGGGGAUACGAGGCUUGGACUAUCCUGCGUUCGACGUUUCCAGCGAAGGGGUAUACAACGAAGAUUCACAGGCAGUUUCCCGCUUCUUGGCACCCCUGCAGAGGGUUUUUGAAAGAGUGUACGGCCAGAAUGAGAAUAGCAACAGCGGUACGCUUGGCACCACGGCAGAGGGCAGAAACUUUGCAUCCGACAUGCCGCCAUCAAGCCGACCUGCCACUACCACUGGCCCUGCCACUGCCACAGCGCCAGACCCUCCAGAUGGGAACGCCGCGGAUGAGGCUGCUGCAAAUGAACAGCAACAGAACCCACCAGCAGAGUCCAGAAAUAUCAUUCUUACCAUCAACUAUGUCUAUGGGGGAUCCAGCGAUACAAACGAAAACAACAGUGGCUCUUUAUUGCUAUAUGUCCCAAGCAUAGAUGAGACUAAUGAAGACAACGUGAGUGUUUUGGUGAGAUUGGCCACGGAAAUCGCUCUCAGAACUAUAGCGGUCAGCCUAAGAAAUUCCGCAGGAGUCUCGAAGCAGACAUUCGAAGCCUUGGAAGUAAAAAAGGUCAGCGAGUUAAAGGAAAAUGAACUAGAGUGUCCAAUAUGUUACGAGAAAUACGUGGAUAAAGAGACCGAUGAGAAAGAUUUAUCCAGCAAAAAGCGGAAACAAGGCGAAAUCGAUGAAGAUGAAGAUGAAGAAAAUCCUGAUACAAAAUACAAGUCGAAAAAGAGAGCCAAGGACAAUAGAGCUAACCCUAUCCCUAUCAACAACAGUCAGGACCAAACAGAAAAGGAAAUGAAGUCUUCAGAGAAGGUCAAACAACCCGUAUAUACCCACUAUCCAAUUGUGAUGAAAUGUGGCCACGUUUUUGGAGCGUCUUGCCUUAGUGAAUGGUUCAAAACCAACAGCAGCUGUCCACUUUGUAGGAAGAAGAUACCCAAUGUGAUGGAGACUGCAACUGAAGACUCAAGAGAUGUCACUAUAACCUUGCCUAACUUAGCAAGAAUAAUAAGCAACUGCAGACCGUUGAUUGAAAAUUUCAACAACAGGCUGAUGACUUUUAGCUUGUCAGAAGAAGAUGAUUAUAGUGGCGCCAACAUUGUCACCGACAAUGAAGACCAGAUUCCUUCUCCUGGUUCGUUUUUAUCAAGUAAUGGUGCUAACAUACUAGAAAGACUUACGACAAUGAGAAGAAACCAGCAACUGAAUGGACGACCAAAUACAUCUGAUUCUGCUAAUUAUAGUAAUGAAAACAAUGCUAAUGCUAAUGCUAAUGCUGAUGCUAAUAACAGCGGACAAGAUAGAAGUCGGGUGCCUUCCACUACAAACCGACAAAGUCUUGUUAACUUUAUACGUGAUAUUGUCUCUUCAUUAUCACGUAGAACAGGUGAAGAACCAACAGCCAGCAUCAACAACAGCAGGUUGGGAUUACAUUCUGCAUCGGGUAGAAUACCAAUUGUUCGGCCUCUUUCACGUUCAGGCACCCAGUUUUCUGGUAUGUUCCCGCCUUUGGGUGUUGAAAGCAGAAGAACGGCAAAUGGAGUGGAAACCAGAGAGAUAUCAAUGUUUGGUGAGCAUACAACAAGGACGCCAGCCCCAGCUACGGCAACAGCCCCGGCACCAGCAUCGUCCGCUGCUGAAAGUGCAGUAACUAACAACAGCAACUUACAAGAGCCGGCGCCAGAGACUUCUGAAGUUGUUGAUGGAAGCACCACACGGAGCUCCGGUUUAGCAGAAACUAAUGCUGGGAGCAUCACCGAAAGCAGCAACGAUGCUGCUUCAUGACUUUAAUCAAAAACGACGUAUUUUGAGGCUGUAUGUAUACACUAAAUUUCUGAUUCACAUAUCUUACUUUCCAACACUUGUUGGGUUCUUAGAGGCGAUUGCAGUCGCAUUGUAUAUUUUAAGGAGAAAUACGUAGUAAGGAGAAAUAUAUAGAGUAAUGAUUUGAAAAAAAUGACUCGAG